UCCAUAUGCGGAAGCUCAUCCGCCCAUUCCUCCAUCUCCUUUCUCCAAUACGAUGAAACGAAUUCGUUCAUAAUGGGAGACUCAGAUGACAUCGGCGGCGGAGGAACCCCUGCCUCCUUUCCUCCUCCAUUUUCGUCCUCCUCCUCCUCCGACUUCGAGUUCUCAAUCAUCCGUUCACCUUCGUCCAAGAACUCCGCCGCGCAACUCUGCCCUGCGGACGAGCUCUUCUAUAAGGGACAACUCCUUCCCCUGCAUCUCUCCCCGCGUCUGUCCUUAGUGCGCACCCUCCUCCUCUCCUCCUCCUCCACUUCAUCCUCCGACGCCACGAGCGCCACCGUCUCCCGCGACUCGAACAGCAGCACCUCCUCCGCCGACUCUCUCGGCCUCCUCCAGGGUCCCGUCGAAUCGGACUCCUCCCGCCCAAGCUCCGUAACCGAAGAAGACUACUCAGCCACCAAGCGCCGCAACUUCUACUCCUUCACCAGCCGCUUCUCCUCUUUCUUUCUCAACCGCGGCAACAAGAAAGAUCCCACCUUUGUUGCAAAUCAUAACGCUACUCCAUCCUCCAAGAAACCCACCACCUACUCCUCCUCAGCCAAGGAAAUGAUAAAGAAGUAUGUGGAGAAAGUAAAGCCGCUCUAUGAGAAAUUCUCCUCUCUGCAACACAGGCCGAGCCAGCAUCAGAAAAAGAAAGCAUUUUCCCUUCCUCGCUCCGGCGGCCGAACAGAGAUAUUUUCUUCCUCGCACUCUUAUUCCCACUCUUUCGCCGGAAACCUGCGAAGCCCAUAUCGAAUGAAGAGCACCGCCAGCUGCCCGUCUUCCAUGCGGUCGUCGCCAAGCCAUUCUGGUCUUCUAUGCUCUGAUCUGCUGUCAGCGCCGAAUUCAUCUUCUUCAUCAAUGGAGGAGCUUCAAAGCGCAAUUCAAGCUGCCAUUGCCCAUUGUAAGAGCACUAUGGUCAAGCAGAAGAAGUUGAAUAGCUUCAACGAUGAUCUCAGUGUAUUUUGAAUUUGUAAUUAUUUGCCCAGCCAAAAAUUCAACAUCACUCAUCA